UGAAACUCAUCAAGAAACUACACCAUUCCCAAAAAGGAAACCACUGUAACCAAACUCACUCUCCCAAAAAUGCUUCACGCCCUCUUCAUCAUUUCCCUCCUCUUCUCUCUUUCCAAUGCAGCAGUUCAAGACUUCUGCGUUGGCGAUCUGAAAGGUCCACAGGGGCCAGCAGGCUACUCCUGCAAGAGCGCCGAUAAGGUGAUAGUAGACGACUUUGUGUUUUCAGGCUUACGAGCUGCUGGAAACAUAUCGAGUCUAAUCAAAGCUGCUGUCACCCCAGCAUUUGUGGAGCAGUACCCAGGUGUGAAUGGCCUCGGUCUCUCGGCUGCUCGGUUAGACUUGGCUCCUGGAGGAGUUGUACCACUUCACACGCACCCAGGAGCUUCAGAAUUGCUGAUUGUGACACAGGGUAUCGUUGAGGCUGGUUUUAUCUCUUCCGCUAAUGCUGUCUACGUGAAGACUCUGAAGAAGGGAGACCUCAUGGUUUUCCCACAAGGAUUGCUGCAUUUUCAGAUUAAUGCCGGUGGGGUGACUGCCGUUGCUUUUCCUGUAUUUAGUAGCCCAAGCCCUGGCCUCCAAAUCACCGACUUUGCACUAUUUGCCAACGACUUGAGCACGGACUUGGUGGUGAAGACAACUUUCCUCGACCCGGAUCAAGUGAAAAAGCUUAAGGCUGUUCUUGGCGGGAGUGGUUAGAAUUGGCCAACGAUGCGCUUGCUUUACUCAUCCUGCAUUUCCAAGUAAACAAAAUGGAUUCAUGUUUAUUUUUCCGUUGCUAUCAUUUUAAAUUCGAUUUGACUAGCAGUGUCUCCCCUUCCCCCCACCACCAAUUCUAGUGUUCAUGGGCUUGAUUUGCUUUUGAGAAGAUAAAAAGUAUUCAGUUUCUUGCA